CUACAUUGCUUAGGAUUGUGUGUAGUAAUUGCGUCUUAAUCGAUUGGUCUUGCCUGGAUACGUGUGUCUGCAUCAGUGCAACUCCCUCUUUCAUACGCAUUCCGCCCUUGUCAUUUGUGCAGUCACGAUGCCUGCCGUCAAGCAGCAGCGGAAAGCAGCCCCCGGCUCCAAGGGAAAGACUAUUCAACAACACGCUUCAUCCGGCAUCAGCAGUUUCGCCCGUGUCUCCAAGACUAGCGGCAAUGCCUCUAUCAAGAAGGAACUCACUCCUUCGACCCCCAGGAAAGACGUCAAGCUUGAGGCCAUUACACCCGCUUCCCGAAAACGCAAGGUCAUUGUUUCCAUUGAAGACGAGAGUUCCGCCGAUGAGAGUCCCAAGAAUGUCAUUACUUCCUCAACCAGAAAGAUUGCUUCGUCGAGCACAGCGACAACUCCAGUUCAGCCGGUGAAGCGUGGCCGCGGCCGUCCUCCCAAGAAGGCACGUCCCGAGCCCACGCCACGAAAGCGAGUGCGAAGCCCCAGCGUCUCAGACUCCGAUGCAUCUACCGUCGAUACUGGAGUCCUAUUCAAGAAACUACGCCUAGAGUCAUCACCCUCUCGGUUUUCGUCCCCCGUCACCGCGGAUACUUCGGUCGCAGGCUCUGAUAUCGAGUCGGACACGAACCCUGCCAAAUCGAGCAAACUUCCCGAAGAGGUCAUCAGCCUCAUAGACUUACACACCGCGUUUUUGAAGACGUUAUCUCUGCAUUAUGCGCACAAUGGCUCCAACGUACCGGCCGACCUGCGCAUCCUAUGUCCUAACAUUGCCCGGGCCUGGGGCAAGAAGAAAGUGACAGAUGCGGACAUUCGAGUUUGUCUGGGCAUACUGGGCAGCUCCUCAUCAUCACUGAGUAGCAGCCCCUUCACCCUCUCCAACUACGGACGUGGCAAAAUCUGCAUCGAAAUCAACCAAUCCCGCAAUUUCGGGCCAUUGAGCGAGGACAAGUUAAACACACUCUUCCGCACAAAUAUCACAGCUCUCUGGACUACAUUCCUCGCCAAUGGAAACGAAAACAGCGCAUCGGCCUUUCUUCCCACCCUUCCCAAGGCCCCCGUGACACUCUGCGAGUCCCUAGCCAAGGCCUCACCAUUACUCCUGAAGGGACAGCAACGCCUUGAAGACCUCAAGCACGGCAUCGCAGCCAAGAAGCAGGAGAAAAUCGCCCCGAAACCGUCCCCUGCAGAUACCACGAUGCGAAAUGUCGACGGGACCAAGAUGAGCCUCCUCGACCGAAUCCGCCUAAAGUCCCUGCAGAAGUCGGCAAUGCCUGCAGGCCUCUCGCCCGCGCAGCUCGAGCGUCGCGGCGCGCUGCAGCGAGUCGAGGAAGUCUCGGCUCUCAUCGGCAUGCUCAGCCGGGCGUCCAGCGAAGGCGGCAUGGGCGGCCGCAUCAGCUUCACGAUGGCGGCACUCCUCGAGAAACUCAAAGAUUCGUUCCGCAUGGGCAUCUCGAAGCCAGAAGGCGCUGCCUGCGUCCGCCUGCUCGCGAGCGAGGUCGCCCCGGAGUGGAUUCGCGUCGUCACGCUCGCGGGCCGCGAGAACGUCGUCGUCGAGGUCUCGUGCCAGCUUGGCAAACCCGAGGUCGCGAGACGGGUGCAGGAUAUUCUGGGACGAGAGUGAAAUUACUUACUUAUUGGAUGA